AUGCCCCUGAAGCCAUCACUUGCAGAUAGACAAAACGCUACACUGGGCUAUCCCCCAUUUUAUUUCUUAAGAAGGCCUCUUAAGAAGGCCUGUAAGCUCUGGCAGAACCAGCCCGAAGGCAACAUGUUCCAGCUGCUCCUUCUCUCAAUCACCUGCCCUAUUCUUGAUUUAACAGCUGCCAGAUUCUUACAGAAUAGUGGUUCUGUACUUAUGGCACAGCAAAUGCACACUAAGCCGAAGUGUCCCAUUGGGCAAUAUGAAUCCAAAGGUAUCUGUUGUGACCUUUGUGAGCCUGGUUCUGUUGCCAAAUCUCUAGGCUGCACAGAGAAUCGUAAAACCAACUGCAUACAGUGCGUAGAGGGUAAAGAAUAUAUGGAUAAAUAUAAUUUUAACCCUGCUUGUCUACGAUGUAAUCUCUGUGAUGCAGAACACGGGUUGGAAACUGAAAAAAAUUGUACCAUCUACCAGAAUGUAAUCUGUAGGUGUAAGCCACGUUUCUUUUGUGAUUUGACUACAGCUUGCCGCCACUGUGAUCCGUGUGAUGAAUGUGAAAAUGGCAUAAUUGUAGAAAAGUGCACCCAAACCCAAAACACGGUAUGCGGAAACAAAGGUAACUAUUGACAUGUUUGAUUAAAGCUCCAGAAAGGAAGGGGUACAAGGGGUGUCUGCAGGGGUGUCCAAAAAGUCAAGAUGG